AUGCAUGACGCAAGGAUCAUUCGAAUACCAUUUGACCUGAAAGUUUUCGUCGUUCAAAGGAUCUCGUCCAUAUCCAACCUUGUCAGUGAUACUCCAACACAGCCCGACGACACAGGUGUAAGAGUCCUACGCGAUUAUUGUUUCCGCAUGAAGCAGUAUGAUCUCUCCUAUUCGAUACGUUCAAGUUUUCAGGCCGAUCAUCGCAUUCUGCUGCAGGAGAACGUAGAGGAAGGUGUGCCAACGUCAUCUUGGUUCUCUAUAAAAAAAACCCAACUCGAGGACUCGUCGAUUCAGUUUGCUGUGAACCAGGUCAUUCUUGAGGUCGCUAUGCUUCGACUCCUGCUCUGCCUCGCCGCCUUCCUCCCGGCCAUCUUGGCCCAAGGAGGAUCGCUGGACACCUUCGAUGAAGUGCUCGCGGCGGUGCGGGCUGGCCAUAGUAUCACUGGCAAUUUUGACUCCAGCUUGUGUGAAGAGUCUUCCGUUCAGGAACCUACCUUGGCGUCUUUGCAUUUCGACAUGUGGCAAUACACGGAAGUAGAUCUGGUGGUUCGUUCAGUCUCAGCAAUCCAGAGCUUCAUGACCCCUGAUGGAGCGUUCAUUUUGGCCUUCUCGUUCGUGGAUGCGGAUGGAAACGCCGGGUUCGAUGCCUACCAGGUGGAAACAGUAACCGGCCUCAUACAGGCCAACUUUUAUGCGUUUUGUACACUUGGCACAGGAGCCACCUUUGUCGAGGGCAGCCAUCAACCAGAUACACCAGUGACAUCGUACGACGAUCUGAUGACGGCAUUGACGGAGGGACGUCAAUUGAUGAUCACUGCAGUAGCAACUGACUGUGAACAUUCUCUGCCACCCGAAGUCGUAACCGCUGAGGGUGGAUCAAAUUACUAUCAGUACUACGUCGUCUCAGACGGGUCUGGAGGGGAGGUGCUCAUAUUGGAAUGGCCCACCUUGUCCCUCAGCGAAAAUGAGGGUGAGACGGUUUACUUGUUGACCAGGGUCAUCGUUUCUCAGAGUGGAUCCACAUUUAUCACUGCCAAUGCCUUCAAUACGCUGACUUGGGUGGAUGAAUAUCCUUAUCCGGAAGGAUUCCAGUGCAACCUCGGGGAAAACGUCAACAUAUAUUAUGCCUCAGGUGACGCAAUCGAAACGUUUGGAUCUUACGCUGAAGUGGAGGCUGCCUUCAUGGAGGGGAAGGAUCUUCAGGCCACGGUGGAUGUCACCUCGUGCACCGGCACAAUUCCAGAAGGAGUCCUGGCUGCUGGAGCCAAGGUGCUGGCUUGGGUUGAUGACGAGGAUGGAGAUAUGCCUGGAAUUCACUUCUCACAAUCCAUUGCUAACCUCGCUGGGGAUGUAGUCAUACAAGAGUUCCUCUUGGGCGAGGACGGUACGCUGCAGAUUGUGGCCACUGCGUUCAAUCCAGUCGAUCCAGGAGACGUCCCAGAUGUAGACGCGUUUGCGUGUGACAUCGGUGUAGGGGUCACCUUCACUGCUCCUGCCUAUAAUCGCGUGGAGUUGACGAGCUACGCAUCGGUGGUGGAUGGCCAACUGAGUGGAUCGAAGCUGUCGGCCGAGAUCGUCUUCAGUCAAUGCGUGGACCCGACAGGCGAACUCGACCUCACCGGUCUCACGGCGGGCGCAUACUUCCAAGAUGUUACAGUACUUGGCAUUGGCAUCCCGGAAGAGAGGAUCUUUGGAUCCGCAUUCGGUUUACACACUGAUCCCAUCAGUGUGGCGGCUUACGAAACCUUCGGAGCGACUAUUGAUACAAGCAACAAUGUCCUCGUCUACCCAGGCUACUGGCGGCUUAAUGAGAAUGGUGAAUGGGGCAACGACUUUGGCGACGCUGUUUUGGAAUGCACCCUCGGUGAAGGUCUUAAGAUCUUCGGGGAGGCAUGAAAGGCAAAUAAAAUCUGAUUAAUUGAUUACUGCAUCCAUCCAUCACAAAAGCUUCGAGCCUUUGAGUAUAACAUUACUGCAUCCGAGCUGGAUGAAAAUGGAAGCUUUAUGGCCUUGACUAUAUGCUAGACACUGCCCUAAAUCCAUGCUAAUCUAGGCUUUUCAAAGGUCCGUGAUAACUUAUUUUUCUUCUUUACAUGUUUGAUUUUUUUGUAAAGACUACUCUUACAUUCUUUGAUGAGGUAAACAAUUGAUUAUAUAUGUGGAGAAUGUCACAUUCCAAGGUUCUCUGUUGGUACAAUCAAAUAGGUGAUUAGGGAGGGAGCCAUCGAAUGGCCGGUAUCUAUUCCUUAGUUCACCCCAUUUAGUUUAUUUUUGUGGAAUUAUUUGAAAGAAAAAGUACAUGGUCAGUGAAACUAGUGGCAGUAAACCUGCUGUAAACAGGAAGAAACGAAUCCCUCUGUUGUCUUGGAACGAGUCACCAUGAUCUUCAGAGUCGAUCGCUGUCACAUUAAAAAAAAUUCCCCAAGCGUCACAUGACCUGUAAAUAAUCUUAGAACCUGAUCAUGCGAAUGAGGCGUGGUACCAACAUA